CGGCGUUUCUCGAGGACUGCCAGAAGGCAUGGGGAAAGACGUUUCCAGGCUGGGCCAGGGGUGCUACAUGUGACACAAUCAGCGGGGUCAGCUGCAACGCUCUAGGCAUGAUCACAAAGAUGACUCUUACAGACAACAGUUUGAAGGGCUCCAUUCCCAACAGGAUCUCCGAGCUUUCUCAGCUCACCCUUCUGGAUCUUUCAAACAACUCUUUGACGGGAUCCAUUCCCAGUGGCAUUUACUUGCUUCCUCAGCUCUCGUAUCU